AUGCCACCGUUGGAUAAGAAAAUCAAAAAGUUUCUAAAGAAUUCUAUUAGAGUAGCUCCUAAAAUAUCAGAUAAAGGUGAAUUUGGAGAAUUAAGAGCUGGACUAGUCUCACCAUACCCUCAAACACGUAAAGAUGCAAUUAAGAAGACUAUUCAGCAAAUGACUUUGGGUAAAGAUGUAUCACCCUUAUUCCCAGAUGUGUUAAAAAAUAUUGCUACUAUAGACAUAGAACAAAAGAAGUUGGUGUAUCUUUAUGUUAUGAAUUACGCUGAAAUAUAUCCAGAAUUAUGUAUCUUAGCCGUUAACACUUUUGUCACAGAUUCACAAGAUCCAAAUCCAUUGAUUCGUUGUAUGGCAAUUAGAACAAUGUCUAUGAUCAAAGUAGAUAAGAUUUUAGAAUAUAUAGAUACCCCAUUACGUCGCACGUUACAAGAUGAUAAUCCCUAUGUAAGAAAGACAGCAGUCAUUUGUGUGGCCAAGUUGUUCCAAUUAAAUAAACAAUUAUGUGUUGAACUGGGUGUAUUGGAAGAUUUAGCCAACGCUUUAGAUGAUGAUAAUCCAAUGGUUAUUUCCAAUGCCAUCGCUUCUAUUAUAGAGAUUAAUUCAAUAGAUCCUACUGUUAUUGAUCUAAUAAGGUUAAUUGAAACACAUGUAUCUAAAUUUUUAUUAGUACUAAAUGAAUGCACAGAAUGGGCUAGAAUGACAAUUUUAACUGCCUUGGCAGAGUACAAUUCAAGAGAUUCAUUGGAAGCAAAAGAUAUUAUUGAUAGAGUUACAGCACAUUUACAACAUGUAAAUCCAUCUGUCGUACUGGCUACAGUGAAGGUUAUCUUAAAAAAUAUCACCCAAUUAGAUCCAAAUCAAUAUUCUCCAGAUUCUAAGAUAAUGAAAAAGAUAUCAUCCGCAUUAGUCUCGUUGAUGUCAACACCACCAGAAUUACAAUAUGUUGCAUUGAAAAACAUCAGAAUCAUAUUGGAAAAAUAUCCAGAAAUUUUGAACAAAGAAUUGAGAAUUUUUUAUGUUAAGUUUAAUGAUCCUAUGUAUGUUAAAUUAGAAAAAAUUGAAAUUUUGGUAAGGUUAGUAGAUGUAUCAAACAUCAAACAGUGUACACUUUUAUUAAAUGAAUUGAAGGAAUAUUCUAUGGAAUUUGAACUAGAAUUUGUAUCACGUUCAAUUCAAGCUAUGGCAGAGCUUGGGAUCAAGAAUGGAAACGAAAUAUUUAUUGCUAAAAUUGCAGAUAUUAUAUGUAAUGAGAUAUUAGAACGUGGUGGAGGUAUUGAGACUAUACGUGAUGACUGUUGUGUUGCCUUAAGCAAUUUAUUAAGAUGUUGUGAUAUGAAUGAGAGUAUGGUUAAACAAAUAUGCUCCAUAUUAAAUUCAUGGUCAUCUCCAGAAGAUAUUUUGACAUCCGAUCUAAGUAAAUGUCAUUAUAUUUGGUUGAUGACUAAAUAUCCAAAUCAUUUCACAACAGUAAUUGAAAAAUUAAAAACGUUUAUUGAUAAUUUUACACAAGAGGAAUCAAUGACCCAAGUGGCGAUAUUAUUAUCAGUUAUAAAAUUACAUACAAGGCUUGAAGGUAGUGUGUUACAAAAUCUAUUUGAAUUGGCCACGAGUUAUGAGGCUGUAGAUAUUGAUGUGAGAGAUAUGGCCAUGAUGUAUUGGAGAUGUUUUUCUAUAGAUGAUUCAAAUGUUGAAAAGGAUCAGUUGAUUAAUGAACUUUGUAACAAUGGUUUGAAUCCAUUGCCAAGAAUUGACAACAUAUUAGAGAUGUUUUCUCCUGACACGUUAGAGAAAUUAUUGAACCAAUUAGGCACAAUAAGUUCCAUAUAUUUUGAGCCCUUGACAGAAGAUAUAUUAAAUGAAUCAAGAAAAAGAAGAAGCCAGAUGAAUCAAAACAUAAUCAAAAGUCAAAAGUUAAAUGACUUGCAAGAUAUUGCAAGAAAUGAAUUAUUAGAUGGGCAUGAAGAUGUGUUAUUGGAUUUUGGGGAUGAAGAUGAUAGUUCAAGUAAUAUGGCAUCUAGUAAUAAUAACAAUAAUACUUUAAAGGAAUUAGAUGACUUGUUUGGUAAUAUAACCCAAGAUGUCAAAAACUUGAACAUAUCACAACAACAAUCUAAUACGGAUUCAAAUCAAGCACCUUCAGCAAAUACAACAACAUCAAAUACACAAGAUUUAUUAGACUUAUUUUGA